AUGGCCCCAAUAAUUUUGGCGGGGUUAAUCCACAGUACCCGAUCGGUGAACAUCAUCAACCCGACAAGUACCGCUGAUUAUUUCGCCGCACAAUGGGUGAAUCCAGGAGACAUAUUCUCUAUUCUGCUGCUACUCGGCCCUGAAGUCAUCCAACAGGCAGUGGCCCAGCUUGCGGGACGGCAGAUCACCCCGAUGGCAUUUUCAUUUGGUUGGGUCGCCUAUGCUGUAAAGGCUUUACUCGCAGCUGUCGGUGAUGGAAAAUUGAUGCCGCCGGCAGAGAACGCAAACACAUUAGUUAUCCCUGCUGGGAGUGGCCAUAGUCGGACAACCACUUCAUGGGUUCUUAGCAGGCUGCUUCGAGAUACCAGUGAUAGACUGGAUGAAGAUAUGAAAGGCGAAGCACCUCACCAAAUGACAGGAAGCUGGGAGACCUGGCAUCCGUCUUUCUGGAGAUCCACGAUGGGGUUGGAGUCAAAAGUUGAACCACCAUCCAGACCAUGGGAAGCGCUUCGAAUAGCGGUCUAUGAAGUAGUAGAUGACGAAAAGGUUGUCCAUGGGUUGCCCACAAGAGACAUGAUUUGGAUCUCAGGAUUCGUGGUGAUUGUCGUUCAAUUGCUGAUUGCGGCCAUUCCGUGGAUAGUCAAUAACGAAUGGGGGACCUUUUUGAUUACAAGCUAUGGCAUCAUUCUUGCCCUGGCAGAAAGUUCACUUCCUCAGUGGAGACGCGAAAAAUGGGCUUGCCCACGGAAAGGCGGCCCGACCGUCACACUCACAGAGGGAAAUGGCAGCCGUUUUGCCAUGGUUAUUCUAGGUAAAAAGAACGUUGGUUUGGAUCUCGAUAUUUUGGCUCGCGGGACAAGAACUGCACCAGCAUCUCGAUUAACAAGACUGGGUACAUCGUUCUUGACCUUGAAUUGGAUGAUUCUUCUUGUUCUAGCGACAGGACUAAAGAUAGAUACUUGGUAUAUUCUUGGAGUUGGAGCACUGGGAAGUAUCCAUAAUAUUACCUGCGCCGCAAGACCACGAAGCGCAGGUGCACUUGGCAUUCAUAUUCGAGAAAAGGGAGAGGUGAUCCGCGGACUUCGUGUAGCAGAUGCCCUGAAGACUGCAGAGGAGUUAUAUCCCGGAGUUGGAGUAUCUCUUGUUCCUGUAUUCUUCCCAGGAUCAAUGCGCAUUCAAGAGCCUGAUUUUGAAUUUUGGAGGAACGCUCGAGAUCGCGUUAUGGCUCCUAACAGAUGGGGUACACGUAUGGACAGCCUGCCUCCUCCCCCUAAAUAUGACAAUUGUGACUCCACAGAGGCUGAGAAAUAG